CGCAAACCUCAACCUGAGUCGUGAGUUUUCGCAGUGGAAAUCGAGCUUCACCGCUAUUUGACAUACUAGAGCUUCGAGAACUUGCAUCUAUAGUGGACCCUUUGGUGCGUCAUGUGACUGAUUCGUGAAUACUGCCGUCUUGGGUAUCAUGAUGACUGGCCUGACUCAUCCCUAUUAGCCCUGCUUCUUCCAAUCAACUCCGACCUGCUUAAGUUGGAAAGCCACACAGCUUGUUUGUCUCUGCGGAUAUAAUUAUUUGGCACAUAAAAUACCUUCCAUCAGCGAAUCUCGUCACCUAUCUAUUUGGCGCUGGCAGGAUGUCGAAUGAAGCCACGACUGUGACUUCUCAGGUAACAUGGGUGCCGUCAGUCAGAGUCUCACUCUUUUCAUACGGUCAUGCCAAUGGACCCAUUGUUCCACAGCAACAGCCAAGCCAAUCGCAUAUUCUCAGAGCUUUGGCUUACAAUAUUCGUCACUUGCCGAAUCCGCCGCGCAAUAUUCGUGCUAAUACAACUGGUCUGUCUCGGCGCCUUCAAAAGGAAUUCCUGCAAAAUGAUAGCGUCCAGGCAUUCCUGGGGAGGGUCCAAAAUGAACUCCUCAAUGCAAUCAAAGAAUGUGAUCAACUUUCACACUCACAUGAGCGGACUGCAUAUCAACCUGAAGACGUCGACGAUUGCUCUGAUCUCGGUCAAAAGACCACUUUGACAGACCCAGACAUUGAUAUGGUGGUGACAAUAUGCUGCGAAGAGGGCCGUCACCGCAGCGUUGCGUUUGUCGAGGAACUUGCCCGAAGGCUUGCUUUGUUCAAACAUGGGGAUGGCUCAUCUCAAUGCUGGCAUUUAUGUGUCAACGUCACACACCGUGAUAUCGGACAUCCACAGGAAAACCUGGAGCAAUCAUCGGGCCAGCAGAAACGCCCGAACAAGGCUCAGGCAAAGUCCAGACAGAGGGAACGACGUGAGAAAGGGGAGAUUCUCAGAUCACGCCCUGAAUAUGAUGACGGAGAAGUCUAGUCAUUUAUUUCUGAACACAUUAUCAAUAGAGAUACCGAAUCACCGAUGUUUGUGUCACAAAUUUGGCCGACUGGGCAUCGAGGACUGUCCAGGAUAUAUUCUCAAGUCUGUGAAAAUCCUUCGCGAUGAGGAUCUCAUGUACGACCAGGUCUUAGCAGAUAAUGAGGUGGGCACGAAGCUGGACCUUAAUCCAGACAUGCCUCAUAUCUUCUGAAGUGCCUUCCCAACUCUCACACGAAGCAGAAAGGCUGCUUUGAAUUUCAUCAACGGGAUCAGAUGGCUUGAUGAAUAUACCAAGAGCUGGAGCUUGGCUAUACGUGGAAGCGGGUCUAAACCUUCGGAGCAGACAAGUCUUAACAAACAAAAAUCCCGGCUGAUUCACAGCAACAUCUAGUCAAAAAUGGCAGAUGCUUAGCCAAGGUCCUUCA